GUUUGGCGCUGAACGCUGCUGCAGGUGUCACUGCCAAAGCGCCGCCUCGUACUGGUUCCCAUAUUUUUUUUCUUUCUUUUCGAAACGCACACCACACGACCUCUCGUUUCUUCCUUUUGUCCUUUUCCCUUCUUCUUCUUUGCAUCAUCAUCAGCUUCAUCUUUUUUCCUUCACCUUUUUAGUUUCCCCCCUACAAGGCAGCUUUGCUAGCUCACCGUCCCUACAUGCGCCCGGUGCUGCUACUUCUGCCCCUUUAUCUCGCUACAAUCGUUUAUUGUUUCCAUUGUUCUCUCGCUCAGCAACAUCUUUACGGCUCCCGACACCCCUUAUUGCCUUGUCGACGUCUCAGAUCCCCUCGCUUAUCCUCGACCGAAUCUAUAACGGUACUCCGAAUACUCUGAGCCUUGCCUCGUUGCACCAUCGCCGUUGAAUCGUCGACCGUUGCGCUUUAGCUUCAGAAAGAAAACGGGCCAUCCGAAAGUCGUCUUGGCACGCUGUCGAUCGCCAGCCCGCCACGAGGAUUCUGCUUCGUUUUUCACUGCGCAUCUGCAAUCCUCUACACAGGCUAUCCCUUAGUCUUCACCUUUGGUUAACAUAGGCGUGGUCGCCUCUUAUCGCCCACCAUGGAGACCACCCAUCACAUGUGGUCGAGAGACAACCCCCCUACUGAUGGCGGCUCUCUGCUGCUUAACCUUCUCAAGAACCCUUUCGAGUCACAGCUCAACACCGGUGCCUUCGCAGCCUCUUUUGGCAUUUCCAUUGGCUUCUCAGCUCUGCUUGCUAUUGCAUUUUCACUGAUUCGACCUUAUAACCAAGCUGUUUAUGCCCCCAAGCUCAAGCAUGCCGAUGAGAAACAUGCCCCUCUUCCUAUAGGAAAAAAGCCCUGGUCCUGGAUUACUGUUCUUCUUCGCACCAAAGAGGACCACUUGAUCCACCAGAUAGGCAUGGAUGCAAUCAUCUUCCUCCGCUUCAUUCGAAUGUGUCGCAACAUGUUUCUCGUUCUUUCCGUCUUUGGCAUAGCCAUCCUUGUUCCGGCCUAUGUCACCCAACAGUACCCGAUCACUAGUACUCCUAACACUCCUAACUCCAAGCGCGACGAUUACAACACGAACGGCCAAAACGGUUGGCUCCUCACCAUCACACCACGAACCGUUUUCCCUAACGCUAUAUGGGCACAGGUGGUGGUUGCCUAUCUCAUGAAUAUCACCGUGGCUGGCUUUUUGUGGUGGAACUAUCGUCGUGUUAUGGAGCUGCGCCGCAAGUACUUUGACUCGGAUGAGUACCAGUCCAGCCUUCAUUCCAGGACACUCAUGCUCUUUGAUCUCCCCCGCGAAGCUAGUAGCGAUGAGGGAAUUGCUAGAAUCAUUGACGGCGUCGUCCCCAACUCAUCCUUUGCUAGAACAGCCAUUGCCAGAAACGUCAAGGGCCUGCCUGAUCUUAUUGAGCAGCACAGCAGCGCCGUCCGCAAGCUGGAAGAGGUUCUUGCCAAGUAUCUAAAGCAUCCACAGGCUUUGCCCGAAAAACGCCCAACUUGCAAGCCGUCCAAAAAAGACCGAAACCGCUCUACCUAUCCCUCCGGGCAGAGGCUCGACGCCAUUGACUACUAUACCAAGCGAAUCAAGGACCUGGAAGUGGAAAUCAAGGCUGUUCGAGCCGCUAUUGACAGACGCAGCACUAUGCCCUAUGGAUUUGCCAGCUACUCGGAUAUUAGUGAAGCGCAUUCAAUUGCAUACUCAUGCCGCAAGCAAAAGCCAAACGGUGCCACCAUCACCCUCGCUCCCCAACCCUCCAACAUCAUCUGGAAGAACAUGUCUUUGUCUAGUUCCCUUCGAAGCCGAAGACGCUUCGCCAACAGCAUUUGGAUCUCCGGCUUGACGCUGCUCUGGGUUGUACCCAAUGCACUCAUUGCUGUCUUCCUGGUCAAUUUGUCCCGUCUUGGCCAAGUUUGGCCCAGCUUCAAGACGACUCUCGAGGCACACACUCACUUUUGGGGUGCAGUUCAGGGUGUCGCCGCUCCCCUAAUCACCUCUCUAUUUUAUCUGGUCCUGCCAAUGAUCUUUCGUCGACUUGCCAUAAAGGGUGGUGACCAGACAAAGACGGGCCGCGACCGCCAUGUUAUUGCGAAGCUCUUUUCCUUUUUCCUCUUUAACAACCUCUUUGUCUUUUCGCUCUUUGGCGUUAUUUUUGUGAUUGUCACCGGUAUUAUCAACAAGACCAACGAUCACAAAAGCGCAUGGGAAGCGAUUAAAGACCAACAGAUUCCCGCGGCCAUUGUUACUUCACUCUGCAACACCAGUAUCUUCUGGGUUACCUAUUUGCUUCAGAGACAGCUUGGUGCGACAAUUGAUCUUGCACAGGUUUGGCCCUUGUUCAAGAGUGCCUUUUUGCGCAAGUUCUCAAGCCCGACCCCACGAGAACUCAUUGAAAUGACGGCCCCCCCUCCCUUUGACUACGCCGGCUAUUACACUUACUUUCUCUUUUACUCGGCGGUUAGUUUUUGCUUUGCCGGAAUUCAACCUCUCGUCCUGCUAGCCACUGCCCUGUACUUUUGCAUCGACGUCUAUCUCAAGAAGUACCUUCUCCUUUACCGCUUCGUUACAAAGAACGAGUCUGGCGGCCUUGUUUGGCGCACACUGUUCAACCGCCUCAUCUUCUCGCUGCUUUUGGCAGACGCUGUUGUUCUGCUUACUUGUUGGGCUAAGGGUGACGGACAACACAUGCAGUUCUACACCAUCAUCCCGCUCUUCUUCCUAGUCGUUGGCUUCAAAGUUUACUGCAGCAAGACGUUUGAUGACAAAAUUCGCUUCUACAGCCUCCAAAAUGUUAGAAAGAACCCCGAGGCAGCGAUGCAAAAGGACCCCUUACGCAACGAUAGACUUACGAGCAAGUUUGGCCACCCUGCUUUGUACAAGAAGCUUAUCACGCCCAUGGUGCACCAAAAGGCUCAAAAUAUGCUCCCCUCUAUCUAUUCCGGCCGUCUUACAGAAGGUCGCGAGGGCGAUGCUGGUGACAUGAUGAGUGUGAGCGGCUAUUCUGACAUGUAUGCGCUCGAUGCCAUGGCGGGUGGUAAGGUGGGUAAAAAGGCUGCUGGCGUGCCCGGUUUUGAAUUUGUUUCCGAAUCUCACAUGGAUUUUGAAUACUACAAGAAUCGCGCCGAGUUUGCUGAAGAGUUUGGCGGCGCCGAGAUUUAUGGCUCAAGCAUUACACGGCCUACGACACCGGGCUCGGUGAUGGAGCUCGGCGGUGGCUAUCCCUCUAGACCAGAGACUCCAGGUUCGGGCCGUUCAACACCCUUUGGCAUUUCCGGCAACUCAGCAAGCCAUCGUCGUGUGGAGACUGGCCAGUCCGAUACCAGCUAUAGAAACUAUCGACCCGAGACAGGGAACCAAGACAACGGAUCCCAUAAUCGUAUGGGAUCCUACCCUGACCGUACAGGAACAGCGAGCCCCUUUUACAACCAAGACAACUCGAGUGGCUCGGCACUGAUGCACCACGCGGCAACUUCAUCGGGUCGCAUGAGCCCAGCCCCAGGUAGAAUGAGUCCCGGUCCUGCCAGAAUGAGCCCUGCUCCUCUAGGUAGAAAGAGCCCUGGGCCCGGACGAAUGAGUCCUGCUUUGGCUGGGUCAAGACCUACAACGCCGGGCCCAUCCAUUGGUGCUCUCGGUGGAGGCCCAGCAGGAUAUGCCAAUCUCAUUCAGCACGACGAAGAGGUGCGCAACUACAACCAACAGCAGCAGGCGCAGGCGUCUCAAUAUGCCCAACAGCAACAGCAACAGCAACCCUACGCGUCGCCAUACGACCAGCAGCAAGGCUACUCAUCUCCAUAUGACCAACAGCAAGUACAGCCGUCCCAUUUUGGUGGUGGUGCCAGCAACCAGCCGCAGCCCUAUGGUGGCAACCCGUCCUACGAGGCCCAACAGCACAGCCAACAAAACGUAGGUGGCACCCAGUAUGCCACUUAUGGCCAAGGGGGCAGCCCCAGCUAUGACAUGCAUGGCCACCCGCAGCAGCAGCAACAGCAGCAGCAGCAGGGUGGAAGUGGUCAGUAUGACUACUUUAGAGGAGGAAAUGGGCGCAAGCCAGGACAAGGGUGGUAAAUAGAGAGAGAAUAUCCUGUGUUGUAUGGACGGGACUAGAAUUAUGUACAUAUUAGCGGUCACUCGCACCCUUUGCAUAGCGUAACUCGUUUGCUUGUAACUUUUGUAUUUCGCGCUGCGAUUUAUCUAUAUGUGUGUGGUGUACAAGUAAAAAUUAACAUUACAAUGAUGAGGCAGCUAGAGCGACGGAGAAGCUUAGCUGUGUCACGUCUUUCCUAUUGAAACCAUUUACAUCAGGGGCCUAAUCCGUACGCUGUUAGACGUUAAAGGCAAGCCCACCGAGGCGCUUUCAACCAAGCGGUAUACGUAUCCAGGGCAGAUUAUUCCUAUGUUCAUAGCCGCAACGGACCAAUGCUACCCGUUGACUGCCAUGGCCCUGUAUCUUGACCGCCCGUAGAGCAUGGUCCCGGCACGUAAACACGUCUGGUAUACACUCGCAGCCCGCACAUCCAUCAAAUUCGCCGUCAGCCAUACCUCCAUUGGGAAACGUCGGCUGAACCGGGAUCCCAGCUUGCUGCCAGCGGCGUGUCCGGGCCGGGCCGGUAGCCUCGAUUGUGAAUUUGACCGCGUACAAGGCGAGUGCUUCGGAGCUAGUUUCGCCGGCGUGCUUGUAGGUCCAUUUACUGAGCAAGGAUAGUCCGCGGCGCCGGGAAGGGCCAUCUCCAAUAAGGCCGAGGAUAAUACGCGCUAUGCAGAACGGCUGUAGUGAAAAGUCAACAAGAGGCGGCUCUUUUGAGGGUUCUUGUGCAUUCUCCAUCUCCGCAGGGAGCAGCUCAGCCAGGAGAUCUAGAAGCUUGGCAUGUGCCAGGCAUUUUUGUUGGAUAAACUCCUCGCGGGUUUCUGCCAUGUUGAGGCUCUGUUGCAAACAGAGGACCUUGACAAGAGUGUGGAGAGUGGCGAGGGACUUUGCAUCACUUUCCGUGAUGGAUGGUAGGCUGGCUUCCAGCUCGUAGAGCCUGUGGGAAAAGUCGUUCAAGCGUCGCUGCUUGUCCAGCUCCCUACCGAGGGCGUCGCGAUUUGGGGUGUAGUAGUUGCAAUCUAGAGGAGCUAGGCCGUAGUUGACGUAUGGGAGCAAGGUUGUGUAGGCUUGUGUGAUGGAGGUAAAGGAGUAGUCGUAGACUGGGACGCGGAUGGCCCAGUCUCGCUGGUGGCGCUCUACCACGCUAUCGCGUCCGUUGGUGACGCCGUCAAUGACGAGAAGGAUGGAGAUGAGAUCGCUGUGGGCGGUGAUGCCGUUGCGGGAUGCGGGGCUCUCGUCGCCGAAGCGCCAGUGCUCGAGGAGCCUGACUAGAUUGCUGUGGUGCUGCUCGACCUGAGCGGUGUCUUCGAGAAUGCUGGCAAUGCCUAUGUAGAGAAUAUUGGCGAGGAUGACGCCUUCUUUUUGCCGGUAGGUUGUGAUGCCGUCGGUGCAUUGCGAUACAGCGCCAGCAAGGUGUCGUAGCGACUUGUUAUAGUGCUCGAGAGCCAUUUGGUACUUGCUAUUGCUGGUAAGCUGUAGUGGUGUUGUGUCUGCUGCUGCUUUGUGUUUGCUACUCUGUAACAUGGCCGCCAUCCUCAGCUGGCGAUGUGCUUGUGUGCAAUGAUAGAGGGAUGCCAAGGCAAUGGUUGCAUGCCAGAUCGUCGGGUGGACAUGCGCAGCCCGCGGGACAUCCACUAUCCAAAAGGUACGAUUGAAGUCGCCGCCAACAAGCGAUGCUAUGGAUGUGCUGAAUGAGCCAAAUAAAUUUAGCUGCUUACUGGAGACUGGCACGCCUACCGGCGCCGGCGUGAGGAAUGGUUGCGGCAGAAUACGGAUGGUGCUGUUGUGCCGUUGCCUGUCGAUUGGUGGCGGUGGAUAAGAGCAGUCGAGCCGGCCCUUGUGGCAGCGAUUGCAUACUGGCCUGUAUUCAUCACAUUUCACGCGACGGAUGCUGG